AUGGCUCCUUCAACGCCUUCCACACCUCAUGGCGGUGGAAGGGCAGGUAGUGAUGGGGGGUCUCCCGCACCGACCGUUGCUACUCCUGGUACAUAUUCAUUAGAAGAUGUUAUACCCGGAGUCAAAAUAUUUGUUCGAAAACCAUUACCAAAUGGACAAGAAGAACAACGAAAAGCAGAGAUAUUAUCGACGAGACCUAAACCCAAACCAUCAGCGUUCGCACCACCCCCUGCACCUGAUGCACCACCUCCUGAUCCAAGAGACGACACGGAAUAUUACGUGCAUUAUGUUGAAUUUAACAAACGUUUGGAUGAAUGGGUCGGUGGAAGUAGAUUGAUAAUUGACAAAGAGAUGGAAUGGCCUAAAGCUAAAGAAGAUGACAAGAAAAAGAAAGAAAAAAUCGGCAAAGUACCUUCUACACCUGGAUCUUCAACGCCUUCAAGGAUAAAUGGAUCACCUAGACCUUCAGGUAGUCUACUUAAAAAAGCAGCCACUAAAGCUGCUUCGGCAGUGGGGAAAGCUCAUCCAUUAGCAAAGGGCUCAUCAAAGGGCAAAAUACCCUCAAAGAGAAAGGGAAAAGAUCAACCUGACUUAGAUGAUGAUGAGGACGAAGACCAAGAUGAAGACGACGCAGAUUCCAUUGAUGCAGAUGGUGAUAUUUCCAUGAUAGGCUCAGAUGGCGGUACUGGUGGUGGUAAAUCUCAAAAGGGACAAGGAGAUGAAGAUGGUGAAGGUGAAAUCGAUUUAUCAGGCCCAAUAAAUCCACAGGCUGCGCCCAAAGUGUUCUCAAAAAAACAAGAAAUCGAAAAAUUGAGAACAUCAGGAUCAAUGACACAAUCACACUCGGAAGUAUCAAGAGUCAAGAAUUUAGAUAAAUUACAAAUCGGUAAACAUGAAGUUGAAACGUGGUAUUUUUCACCUUAUCCAAUUGAAUAUGCUCAUCUACCUGUAUUAUACAUUUGUGAAUUUUGUUUGUUAUAUUAUCCAAGUUUCACACAGCUGAAAAGACAUCGAAAUAAAUGUAAUUUAUUACAUCCACCUGGGAAUGAAAUUUAUCGACAUGAAGAUAUUUCUUUUUUCGAAAUUGAUGGUAGACGUCAAAGAACUUGGUGUAGAAAUUUAUGUUUAAUUUCAAAAUGUUUUUUGGAUCACAAAACGCUCUAUUAUGAUGUUGAUCCUUUCAUGUAUUACUGCAUGACUGUGAAAGAUGAUUAUGGUUGUCAUUUAAUUGGUUAUUUCUCAAAAGAAAAAGAAUCUCCUGAAGGUUAUAACGUAGCUUGUAUCUUAACUCUACCUCAACAUCAACGGAAAGGUUAUGGGAGACUUUUAAUCGAAUUCUCAUAUGAAUUAUCAAAGGUAGAAGGGAAAUUGGGUAGUCCGGAAAAACCAUUAUCGGAUUUAGGUUUAUUGGGUUAUAGAGCUUAUUGGCAAGAGAAAAUAGUGGAACUACUAUUGGAUAGUGAUGAUGAGAUUAGUUUGGAAGAAAUCGCUCAGAAAACAGCCAUCACUCAUGGUGAUAUCAUGCACACCUGUCAAGCACUUCAGAUGAUCAAAUACUAUAAAGGCGGACAUAUUAUACAUCUGACCGAUGCGGUUCUGGAACAACAUCAAAAGACAAUGUCCAAAAAUAGAAGGUCGAUCAAUCCAGCAGCGUUAAAAUGGAAACCACCUGUAUUCAGUCGUGCUCAAUUAGCUUUUGGUUUCUAA